UUCUGCACAAGGCCAAAGCCGAGGCUCGGGUGCUCGGAGAGAAAGAUCUGGGGUCAGGGCGUGAUCUCCUCUCCAUCCUCGUCAAGGCAAACAUGUCGGCGGACAUCCAGGACAACCAACGUUUGAGCGAUGAUGAGGUCAUAGCCCAGAUUCCAACGUUCCUCCUCGCCGGCCACGAUACCAGCAGCGUCGCGCUGGGCUGGGCCCUUCAUGCGUUGUCGCACCAUCUCGAGAUUCAAGAAAAACUCCGCCAGGAGUUCCUUUCAAUUCACACGGACACGCCGACCAUGGAUGAGCUGAACGGGUUGGCCUAUCUCGAUUCCGUGCUGAAAGAGGCUAUGAGGCUCUAU